AUGGCCACUCCGGGCCCCAGGGCGCCUGACCCUAGCCUGUCCCCAGACCAGAGGGCAGCAAUGUGUUGGAUCAAUGCUAUCAGAAUCAUGGCAGCUGAGGAGAUGCACUGGCCGGUGCCCAUGAAGGCCAUUGGAGCCCAGAACCUGCUGACCAUGCCUGGGGGUGUGGCCAAGGCUGGCUACUUGCAUAAGAAAGGGGGCACCCAGCUGCAGCUGCUAAAAUGGCCCCUGCGUUUCGUCAUCAUCCACAAACGGUGCAUCUACUAUUUCAAGAGCAGUACCUCCGCCUCCCCGCAGGGUGCCUUCUCGCUGAAUGGCUAUAACCGGGUGAUGCGGGCAGCCGAGGAGACCACGUCCAACAAUGUCUUCCCCUUUAAGAUCAUCCACAUCAGCAAGAAACACCGCACCUGGUUCUUCUCGGCCUCCUCUGAGGAUGAACGCAAGAGCUGGAUGGCCCUGCUGCGCAGAGAGAUUGGCCACUUCCAGGAGAGGGAGCUGCCCCUGGAUACCAGUGACUCCGGCUCGGACACAGACAGAUUCUAUGGCGCGGUGGAACGACCUGUGGACAUCAGCCUCUCCUUGUACCCCACGGAAAAUGAAGACUAUGAACAUGACGAUGAGGAUGACUCGUACCUGGAGCCCGACUCCCCUGAGCCCGGAAAGCCCGAGGACGCCCUGGCCCAACCGCCCGCAUACCCGCCGCCCCCCGUGCCCACGUCCAGGAAGCCGGCCUUCUCUGAGGUGCCCCGUGCUCAUUCCUUCACCUCUAAGGGCCCAGGACCCCUGCUGCCGCCUCCACCUCCGAAACGCAGCCUCCCAGAUGUGGGCCUGGUCUCUGAGGAAGCCAAGAGGGACCUGCUGCUGAGACGGGUGGAGCCCAGGUUGCCCACCGCCUCCCGGAGGAUGAGUGACCCCCCACUGGGCAGCCAGCCUGCCCCAUCCAGCAUCCGGAAGCCCCCUUGCUUCCGGGAGAGCACCUGCCCUAAUCUGGAGCCCCGGGUCCCCAGCCACGGACCCAGUGCCACCUCUGCCCCUGAAGCCACCACUGACUCCAGGAACUGUGACAAGCUCAGAUCCUUCCACCUGUCCUCUCGGGGGCCACCCACGCCUGAACUCCCACCCAAACCCACCAACAAGCCCAAGUUUCUGAAGAUGGCUGAGGCGGUCCCCCUAAGGGAGGGAGCCAGGCCUGGACUCUUUGUGCCUCCCGUGGCCCCCAGACCUCCAAACCUGAAGCUGCCAGUUACCGAGCCCUCAGCUCGGCCUGAGAUCCUGCCCAGACCAGAGAAGCCACUGCUGCCCCACCUCCAGCGAUCACCCCCCGAUGGACAGAGUUUCAGGAGCUUCUCCUUUGAAAACUCCAGGCAGCCCUCACAGGUGGACACAGGCGGGGAGGACUCAGAUGAGGACUAUGAGAAGGUACCGCUGCCCAACUCGGUCUUCAUCAACACAACGGAAUCCUGCGAAGUAGAAAGGCUUUUGAAAGCCACAAGCCCCCGGGGGGAGCCACAGGAUGGUCUCUACUGCAUCCGGAACUCCUCUACCAAGUCAGGGAAGGUGCUGGUUGUGUGGGAUGAAAGCUCCAACAAAGUGAGGAACUACCGCAUCUUUGAGAAGGACUCUAAGUUCUAUCUGGAAGGCGAGAUCCUGUUUGUGAGUGUGGGCAGUCUGGUGGAGCACUACCAUGCCCACGUGCUGCCCAGCCACCAGAGCCUACUGCUGCGGCAUCCGUAUGGUUACACCAGGCCCAGGUGA